AUGUGGGAGCAGGAGGAAUUCGCUAAACACUGGAGGAACGAGUUCCCCGACGCAGCUGUCCCCCGAAUGGACUUGAGCUCCGUGGAGGACAUCGAGUCGGAGCUGGAAUCAUGUAAAGCCAACCUGAAGAAGCUCCAGAAGGCUCUCGCGGAGGAGAAAUUCAAGGUGAUAUACCUGCAGACCACAGUGGCCCAGCAGAAGAGGAACGACCCGGAGAGGUUCGAAGGAAAAGAUGAAAACUUCAACGCAGAAACGUUCGCCGUUCCUAAGAUGAGGAAUGUUAGAAAGCCGCUGCGGCGAGAAGAUGAAGGUGGCGGCGGCGGCGGAGGGAGGACCAAGGUGUCCGACUCCGGGGGCUUGAAGCUCAGCGCGGCGGCCAACACGCCCAGCUCCUUCGGCCGAGAACGCACCAGGUUCAUCGGCAAGACAGGUAAGUACGUCCCCAUCCCCGUCCCGCCGCAGAAACCCAGGAGGGGGGACAAGGCCGCCAAUGACAACGAGGAGGAGGACAGCGACCGAGAAUACGAGGAUGCGGAGCUGAACGAGAAUUUCGUCCGGAAUAACUUGUUGACGCCGAAGAGCGUUGGCAAGGACAACCAGCGGACGCCGGUCAUCUGCAGGGACAAUCUGCGGCCUUUCCGCCACAGCAGGGACUUUGACUCCGAUGACGGCAGGCUGUCUCCGUCCUUCCCGCAUGUUCACCGCAGAGCCUCCCGCGGCUCCGGCUGCAGCACACCUGACAGAAGGAGUGAUGGCUACCUGAGCUCCGACCAUGACGACUCCUCCUCUGCAGACUUCAACUAUAACACAGAUGGCUACGACGGGGACGGAGCCGAAGACGGCAAGUCCCAGGAUAGCUCUGAGACGCUGCCCUACAUAGACGAAUCGCCCACCAUGUCCCCCCAGCUCUGCGUGUCUCAGGGGCCCGAUGGUGAGGUGGUCUCCCCCUCGCCUCUGGAGGGAGAUGUUGAGAAAGGGCUGGAGAUGAAGAAACUGGUGCUGUCUGGUUUCUUGGCCAGUGAAGAGAUCUACAUCAACCAACUGGAGGCCCUGGUGCUGCCCAUGCGCCCCCUGAAAGCCGCAGCCACAAGCUCGCAGCCCGUCCUGACCAUGCAGCAGAUAGAGACCAUCUUCUACAAAGUCCAGGACAUCUUUGAGAUCCACAAGGAGUUUUACGACGCCCUGCUGCCCAGCAUACAGCGCUGGGACGAGAAGGUCACCGUGGGGCAUCUGUUCCAGAAGCUGGCCAGCCAGCUGGGAGUUUACAAGGCCUUUGUGGACAACUACAAGAACGCGCUGGAGACGGCGGAGAAAUGCAGUCAAGCCAACAUCCAGUUUCAGAAGAUAUCUGAGACUGUUAGAGUGAAAGGACCCAAAGACUCCAAAGACUCCUCCACAAAAAGUUCCAUGGAGGAUCUUCUUUACAAGCCCAUUGACCGCGUUACCAGAAGCACCCUGGUCCUUCAUGACCUGCUGAAGCACACGCCCAAGGACCACCCAGACUUCCCUCUGCUGCAGGACGCGCUGCGGAUCUCUCAAAACUUCCUCUCCUCCAUCAACGAGGAGAUUGACCCUCGCAGGACCGCCGUCACUACGCCUAAAGGAGAGGCGCGUCAGCUGGUAAAGGAUGGAUUUCUGGUGGAGGUGUCGGAAAGCUCCAGGAAGCUCCGACACGUCUUCCUCUUCACUGACCUGCUUCUCUGUGCCAAGAUGAAGAAGACGGCUGUGGGUCGCCACCAGCAGUACGAGUGCAAGUGGUACAUCCCUCUGGCUGAUUUAACUUUCCAAACCCUGGACGACUCAGACUCGUGUCCGAGCAUCCAGGUUCUGCCGGAGCACGAGAUCGAGGAGAUGAAGAUGAAGAUCUCGGUUUUAAAGAAUGAGAUACAGAAAGAGAAGAAAGCUCCAAAGGGUCAGAGCCGUGCGGAGCGUCUCAGGAAGAAGAUGAAUGAGCAGGAGUCAUGGCUACUCCUGCAUUCCCCCACCAUCCCAUUCCGCAUCCACAACAAACAUGGAAAGAGCUAUCUGUUCCUCCUCUCUUCUGAUUAUGAGAGGGCAGAGUGGAAAGAAAGCAUCCAGAAACUCCAAAAGAAAGAUCUCCAGGCUUGUGUGCUAACUUCUGUGGAGCUCCAGGUCCUGACCAGCUCCUGUUUCAAACUCCGAACCGUCCACAACAUUCCCGUCACCACCAACAAAGACGAUGAGGAGACCCCCGGCCUGUACGGCUUCCUGCAUGUGAUCGUCCGCUCUGCCACGGGAUUCAAGGAGUCGGCCAAUUUGUACUGCACCCUGGAAGUGGACUCAUUUGGUUACUUUGUGAGCAAGGCUAAGACCCGGGUCUUCAGAGACACCGCAGAGCCUCAGUGGAACGAAGAGUUUGAGAUCGAGCUGGAGGGCUCCCAGUACCUGCGGAUCCUGUGCUACGAGAAGUGUUUCGACAAAAGCAUGCUUAACAAGGACGACAACGAGAUCGUGGACAAGAUCAUGGGCAAAGGGCAGGUCCAGCUGGACCCACAGACCGUGCAGUCCAAGAACUGGCACAUGGACGUCAUCGAGAUGAACGGGAUUAAGGUGGAGUUUUCCAUGAAGUUUACAAGUCGGGACCUCAGCUUGAAGAGAACGCCGUCCAAAAAGCAGAGCGGGGUGUUUGGAGUGAAGAUCAACGUGGUCACAAAGCGCGAGCGCUCCAAGGUGCCUUACAUCGUCCGCCAGUGCAUUGAGGAAGUGGAGAAGAGGGGGAUUGACGAAGUGGGAAUCUACAGGAUCUCAGGGGUGGCCACGGACAUCCAGGCCCUCAAAUUAGCAUUCGACACAAAUACCAAAGACAUCCUGGUGAUGCUGAGUGACAUGGACAUAAACGCCAUCGCUGGAACACUCAAGCUGUAUUUCAGGGAGCUGCCGGAGCCUCUUCUCACAGACCGUCUCUACCCAGCCUUUAUGGAGGGCAUAGCUCUCUCAGACCCUGCAGCCAAGGAGAACUGCAUGAUGCACCUUCUGCGCUCUCUGCCCGACCCCAACCUCAUGACCUUCCUCACUCUGCUGGAGCACCUGAAAAGGGUGGCUGAGAAGGAGCCCGUCAACAAGAUGUCCCUCCAUAACCUGGCCACCGUGUUCGGACCCACCCUGCUCCGGCCCUCCGAGUCAGAAAGCGCCAAGGGACAGCACAUCACGUGCGCCUCCGACAUCUGGUCACAUGAUGUCAUGGCACAGGUCCAGGUGUUGCUCUACUACCUGCAGCAUCCUCCGAUCUCCUUCGCCGAACUCAAGCGCAACACGCUCUACUUCUCCACUGACGUCUAAAAAAAAAAAAAGCCGCUUCGCCCGGAACGCGAGGGUGACGCAGAGCGACUCCACCCAGACCUCGGACCCCAGCGCUCCAGCCUCAGCUCUGCUCCCAGCAGACCGCUUGUCUCUGCUGCUGUCCCUCACUUUUCCCAUCUGAAGAGGAAGACAAAACGCUUUCCGGCGGGGCGAUUUCGGAGAGCGCUUUGCAGCGGCAACGCGACCGGCCUCUGUGGGAGCACACCGGGGAAAUGUUCAGGCGGGUGUUUGGGGUUGGGGGCGGGGCAGAGACCACAGCCUGGCGCAGUGGACAGGACAAUAUCCGAGUUUAUGUUUCCUGAUCAGAGGCAUUCCAGAAAAACAAAACAAACACAAAAAAAAAAAAAAAAACGGCAUUUACAUGUUUUAUAAUAACGUUCCUCAUUUGUUUCUAUUUCCUUUUUGGUUUUCCCCUGGUUUCGUGUGUGUGUGUGUGUGUGUGUGUGUCUGCGUGCGUGCGCGAGAGUAGAACUGUGGAUGUCUUCCACUGAGAGCUUGAGUUCGUGUUAAAGGGACUAAGCAAACUUCCGAGGCGGCUGGAAAGCCAUUCCAAGAAACGGCAAGGAUUGUGUCUCCGUAGGAACAGGGGACGCUCCUCUCCGCUGAGUCUUGGCCAAAAUUAGCCCUAUUUAUUUUGAAAAUAUAUAUAUAAUAUUUGUGCCUGUACAGUUUUGUGCAACUAGAGACUAAGGAGUCUGUUUUUUUGAAGUUUAUCCAGGUAGUGAUGUUUCUUUGUUUUGUUUUGGGGGUUUUAAGCCAGUUUUUUCUGUACCACCGCGUGGUCGGUGAGCCGUUCUGAGAAGAUAAAUCUGCCAGUUCAGUUCUGAUCACUUUGUAGACGAGCGAGGGCACACGAGGGUUGACGGCGGGCGGGGGGAGGGGGAAUAACACCAUAAACGGAACAGUUGGCUUCUAUUUUCUUCCUCUGCUUCUUCUUGCAUUUCAAGCCUGUUCCAAGUGUGUGUUGCUGCACCAGUGUUAUCUGUAGGACGAUUUUGCGUAGACGCCCUCAUUGCAUGUUCAGCUUGUCGGUGAAUUCUGGCCGGGUAACACAAAGGUAGGUCGUCUCUGGGAAGGAGAACGAAGAAAUCGAUACAAAGCCAACCUUUCUGCUAUCAAGCCUACAUAUCUUAAGAAAACGCAAGCACUGCUAAAUGAGUAAUAUUUGAUAUUUUUAAUAUAAGAAUAAAAAGAAACAAACUGUUGUAUUUUACUUCCUUUGAGAAGAAUUUCAAUAUGCUGUAAUAUUGCGACUAAUUGUCCAUGUGAACUUUUUCCCUCUUUUUUUUUUUAAGUAAAAUUAAAAAAAAUAUUGAAGCACUCA